GUAUUUUGUUGAGAUGGCUUUCUGUAGGUUUUUCUAAAUUUUUUAGCUGACCAAAAUUUUAAGAUCUUUAACUUUGUAAUUUCUUCAAAAAAAUUUUGUAGUUGUGUCCGAUUGAUGUUCUUAUUGAAAUGAGGGAACAACUUUUGCGGGCUAAGUUAGAGAUUCUUGGUGAUGCUGGAACUCUUUUGGAAGUAUUUCUGUUCGAUGCAGAUUUGGACUCAAUGGAAGUUGAUAAAUCUAAAUUAUUAGAAAUUGCAUCUAAUUCCUUAAACAAAUGGAAUGAUUAUUUUUACAUUCAUUACAAUGAAAUUAUUGCUGAACAAAUUCGAAGAGCAUUAAUUAAUAAUGAUGGAAUUAAUUUUUUCUGCUUUAAACGUUCAAAGAAUGGCGAUUUUGCGCGUGCUUCGGGACAAUUGUUUUUAAACAAAAAAUAUUUUAAAGAUUUUUUUAUUCGAAGACCUACAUCUGUACCAACCCAUAAAAAGCAAAGGGUCUUCCCUCCACCCCAUCUCUACGGGCAUUUGGCACGCUCAAAAGUUGGUCAAAAUCUUUUGAAAAAUCGAAAUAUUAUUGGAAAAUUAGAGGAUAUAAUUUGCAAUUUUCUACUGAAAGGAAUUUGUGUUGAUAAGAUUGAUGAAGUUAAAGGUUCCCUUUUUGCUUUGGCCCAAAUUCUUGCUAAUUUGCCAUCUUAUGUAAUUUUCCCAUUCAGUAAAUACACACAAUUAUUAUUGGAAUGUUUUUUACAACAAAGGAAUAAUUCUAAUAAUUUACCUUGGCUAUCUAUUAGAGGAUGUGCAAUUUGGGCAAUAAAUAUUGCAGCAACUUCAAAAAAUCAGCUUGUAAUUAACACACUUUUUGAAUUUGGUUGGGAAUUUGGAGAAUCUUUUAAUGAUAAUUUUGAAUUAAAAAUUGAUAAAAAUUUUCUUUCUUCAAAAAAUAAAUUUAUUUUCAAUUAUCUCCAAAAUAAUGACAAAAAACAAAAAAGAAGAAUAAUUGAAAGAAGAAAAAGAAUAAAAAGUGAAUUAAUUAAUGGAGGGAAUUUAAUAAAUAUUUGUCGUUCUAAUUCUUUGGAUAGCUUUUUUAAUAAUUAUAAUUCUACAUCAAAUUAUUUUUAUACAAAACAAGAUUAUUCUAAAGAAUUUUGUGAAAAAGGUGCUGCUAAUAUAUUAGAAGAUAAGGAAGAUCACAAAAUUACCGAAAAGGAGAAUAAUGAUCUCAUUGUUUAUAGAAAGUUUUUAGCAAAAAUUGAUAAUUUGGAUAGACAAAAUGAAUAUUAUAAACAAAUAAAUAAUUUUAAUAAUUUUGGACAUGUAAUUUUACCAAAAAAUAUUUCAACAAUUUUUGGGAAUAUUUUUAAUGAAAGUAAAAACGAAGAACAAUCUUCUUGUCUCGAAAAUAAAUAUUUAAAAUUUUCAAUAAAUAAAAAACAUUGUAAAUUUUUAUGUAUUUUUUGUUCAUCUCCAAAAAAAUUAAAAAAUAUUGAAGAAAAAGAAGAAGAAAAAAAUGAGGAAAAAGAAAAAACCGAAAAAGAAAUACGGCAAUUAAUUUAUCAAUUGGCUACUCAAUUUUCAAAUACAGAAAUAACUAUUAAACUUCUUCGAAUUUACAAAGAACAGCCAGAGAUAUUCGAAAAUCGUUGCCUUUUCUCCGAUGUGAUCAAUUUUAUUAGCGAUUCGAAAAUUAUUUCAUUUGGAGGACGUCGUUUACUAUAUCAAUUAUUUUGGAAAGCUCUUUCUAAUUAA